CUGAGCCGCAAAAAAGGGUGGGGCCGCCUCUCUGCAGCAGAGACGGCGGCGGCGGCGGUUGCGGCUGCAGCAUCGCCAGGGGCAUCCGCGGAGGCAGUUCUCGGCUAGUCUGGGUUGGAGGUGACCCCUGCCAAGCCCUGCUAGCGGCCAGCUGCAACCGGACGACAUCGGGAAGGAAAAUCGAGCCUGUCUGCGGGACCCUGCCCGGCUCACUCUCUACGCCAUGGCUUAAGCUCACAGCCACCUUGCAUAGCAUCUCCUCGCUGGGCCGGGGUCUGCAGGACACCGCAGCCGCAGGGAGGGUGCACCCAGACGCCAUAGGCCUGGACUCUAGGACGCUGGGCGUUUCUCUCAUCUUUCCCAGCCUCACCAGGUCCUCUGCGGAAGGCGUUUGCAACCGGUAAUCGAGGGACUUUACGGACUUUUAUCUCACCCGGCGUCCCCGGGUGCUUUUUGAGGGAGGAGGGCGAGGUAACCCGCUGAUAGGGGGGAGGGUGCCCCUAUCAUUGGCGGGUCUUGGUGGGGUCUAAAGGGAGAUUAGAUAUUUGAUUUGGGAUCACAAAAAGAGAGAGGGCCAGUUUGUCAUCUAGCAUCAUGGCAUGGCCGUGCAUCACGCGGGCCUGCUGCAUUGCCCGCUUCUGGAACCAGCUGGACAAGGCGGACAUUGCGGUGCCGCUGGUUUUCACCAAGUACUCGGAGGCCACCGAGCACCCGGGCGCCCCACCGCAGCCUCCGCCCUCGUCGCUGCAGCCGGCGCUAGCGCCCCCCUCGGCGCGCGCUGUUGCCAUAGAGACGCAGCCGGCCCAGGGCGACUUGGAUGCAGUUGCCCGGGCAACAGGGCCGGCGCCCGGGCCUAGCGGCGAACGUGAGACUGCAGCCGCCCCCGGCCGGAGCGGGCUGGGCCUGGGCGCGGCCUCUGGCUCCACUUCCGGCUCAGGCCCAGCGGACUCGGUGAUGCGCCAGGACUACCGCGCCUGGAAAGUGCAGCGGCCGGAGCCCAGCUGCAGGCCGCGCAGCGAGUACCAGCCGUCCGACGCGCCUUUUGAGCGCGAGACCCAGUACCAGAAGGACUUCCGCGCCUGGCCGCUGCCCCGCCGCGGGGACCACCCCUGGAUCCCCAAGCCGGUGCAGAUCUCUGCGGCCUCUCAGGCUUCCGCGCCUAUUCUCGGAGCGCCCAGGCGUCGGCCACAGAGCCAAGAGCGUUGGCCGGUGCAGGCUGCCACGGAAGCCCGGGAACUGGAGGGACCUGCAGGAGCCGGGGUCCUGGCUGCGGGCAAGGCAUCCGGCGCAGAACAGCGUGAAGCGCGGAGGAAGGCUGGGCCCGGCUGGAUGAUGCGGCGUUCCGAGGGGUAUGAGCAGACACCUCUGCCUCCAGCCCAGUCCCAGGCGGAGGAGGGUGGCCCUGCAGCUGGAAAGGCAUCCGGUGCAGACCAGCGGGACACUCGCAGGAAGGCUGGGCCAGCAUGGAUGGUGACCCGCAUGGAAGGGCAUGACGAAUCACCGCUGCCCCCAGCACAGUCCCAGACCCAGGAAGGUGGCCCUGCAGCUGGAAAGGCAUCGGGCGCAGACCCGCGCGACACGCGCAGGAAGGCUGGGCCCGCCUGGAUGGUGACCCGUACGGAAGGGCACGAAGAGUCACCGCUGCCCCCAGCACAGUCCCAGACCCAGGAAGGUGGCCCUGCAGCUGGAAAGGCAUCUGGUGCAGAUCCGCGUGACACGCGCAGGAAGGCGGGACCGGCCUGGAUGGUGACCCGCACCGAAGGGCACGAGGAGUCUCCACUGCCCCCAGCCCAGUCCCAGACCCAAGAAGGUGGCCCUGCAGCUGGAAAGGCAUCCGGUGCAGACGAGCGUGACACACGGAAGAAGGCGGGUCCUGCCUGGAUGGUGACCCGCACGGAAGGGCACGAGGAAUCUCCACUGCCCCCAGCCCAGUCCCAGACCCAAGAAGGUGGCCCUGCAGCUGGAAAGGCAUCAGGUGCAGACCCGCGCGAUACGCGCAGGAAGGCUGGGCCCGCCUGGAUGGUGCGUCGUUCUGAAGGGCACGAGCCCGAGAGUGGCAAGGGGCGCGCAGUGGCAGAUGCCCUCAACAGGCAGAUUCGCGAAGAGGUGACGAGUACAGUGAGCAGCUCCUACAGGAAUGAAUUCAGAGCAUGGACAGACAUCAAGCCUGUGAAACCCAUCAAAGCCAAGCCCCAGUACAAACCCCCAGAUGACAAGAUGUCUCACGAGACCAGCUACAGUGCCCAAUUCAAAGGGGAGGCCAAUAAGCCCACCAUAGCUGAUGACAAGGCCAUAGAUCGCAGAAGAAUACGCAGUCUCUACAGUGAGCCUUUCAAGGAACCCCCAAAGGUAGAGAAACCUAGCGUUCAGAGUUCCAAACCAAAAAAGACCUCAGCAAGCCAUAAGCCCCCGAGGAAGGCCAAAGACAAGCAGGUGGUGUCGGGCCAGGCCGCCAAGAAAAAGACCACAGAGGGCCCCAGUGCCACCAAACCUGACGACAAGGAGCAAAGCAAAGAGAUGAACAAUAAACUGGCUGAGGCGAAAGAGGGCCCAGUCCAACUUGCUGGUGAUACACAUAAAAAUCAAAGUCCUGUGGUCCCAGGGCUUCUGAAAGACCAAGGUCCUGUGAUCCAAGAGUCUCCAAAGGAUCAAGGCUCCAUGGUGCUGGGACCACCAAAGGAUCAAGUCCCUGUGGUCCCAGGGUCCUUAAAGGAUCAAAGUCCUGCAAUCCCAGGGCCUCCAAAGGAUCAAGUCCCUGUGGUCCCAGGGUCCUUAAAGGAGCAAAGUUCUGCAGUCCCAGGGCCUCCAAAGGAUCAAGGAGGAGCCUCAGGCAAGGAUCAAGAUCACAUGGCCUCCGAGCUUUUAAAGAAUAAAGAUUCUGUUAUCUUAGCACCCACCAAAGAUCAAGGCCCUGUGGUCCAAGAGCCUCUAAAGAAUCAAAGUCCUUUGGUGCCAGCAAGAGUUAAGGAUCAAAGUUCUGUAGUACUAACAUCUCUGAAGGAUCAAGGUCCUAUGGCUCCUGAGCCUGGGAAGGGACAAGCUCCCAUGGUCCCAGAGCAUAAGAAAGAUCAAAAUGUCACUGUCACAGCAACUAUGAAGAAUGAAGUUCCAGUGGUCUCUGAGCCCAUGAAGAAUAGAGGCUUAGCAGACCCAGAGCCAGUCAAGGAUCCAGAUAUAAUGGUCCCCAAGCAUCUGAAAGGACAUGAUUCUGUGGUUGUGGCACCUGUAAAGAACCAGGGUCUAGUGGUCCCUGAGGCUGUGAAGAGCCAAGAACCCACUAUCCCAGCACUAGCCAAGGAUCAAAGUCCCAUGGUCCCAGAGCCUCCAAAGAAUCAAGGUCCUGUGGUCCUUGGACCUGUGAAGAAUCAAGACCCUAUAAUCCCAGUUCCGCUAAAGGGUCAAGAUCCCCUGGUGCCAGCACUAGUAAAGGACCAAGGUCCUAUGGCCCCUGACCCUCUGAAGACUCAAGGUCCCAGGGGCUCUCAGAUGCCCACAGUCUCACCUCCACCCCCAGUCAUGAUCCCAACUGUUCCCCAUGCAGAAUAUAUUGAGGGAUCCCCUUAAUACCUACCCCUUGAAACACCGUGAAGGAGCGAGCAGUGAAAGUGCUCCCCCCCUGGGGGCAGUGAAGACAUAUAUUUAAUCUGCAUGAAACUGCUGUAUAGUCUUGCUGGAAUCUAAUAAAACUGGUCCCUCUGGCUCA